AGCUACAUUUCGUAAUAUUAUUAUAGGAUUCAACUAAAUUUUGGUAUUAAAUAAAAUCCUGCUUUGUUUUCAAGCUAUCUAACAUAACCAAUUUCCCAUAUAAGUAUCACAAAAAGUUAAAUUCAAACAAAUUCAUCCGCAUCCGUUAUCAAUCAAUCCCAAUACAGAAAAACCUUUGAGAUUUUAAGCAAUGGGGUUUCCCCUAGACCGUGUGCGAUAUCUCGAUAGAACAGGAGCUUCUCAGUCACAGUCAACAUCAUUCUCUUUUGGUCCUGGUUUUGUAAACAACGAACAGAUAGGGAGUAACAAAACUCCUUACACUCCAACAUAUGGUGGAUCAAGUGAGAGGUUCAUGUCAUUAUCAGCUAUGAACGACUACUCCAACAAGAGCCAUGAAGAGUUAAGAUACGAGGAUUACCAGCUGGGUAUCAAAGGUACUAGUUCUGAGACCGAAUAUAGCGAACCGGUACAAGCCCCUCUCCCAAGCAGUUUAUUCUCAUCUUCACCAUUUAGCAAUAUUGAGAAUAAGAGAGAUCAUAGCAAACAGCAACAAGCUUCUUUCCCAAGCACUGUAUUCUCAGCACUACCAUCUCAAAGCGGUCUGUUGAGUGCUUUUCCAGGGUUUCCGAUACCAGGUUCACCACCCACUGCAGCAUACGCCCCACCCUUUGGAAAAUCAACCUCAACACCACAACAUGCUUCGCAGAUAGGUACUCCAAGCUCAAGUGCACAACCCGUGUUUGGUGGGUUUAGAGGUUGUAAUUGCAAAUGCAAUUGCAACCAACGUGCUUUUCCUCAAAUCAACUCAACUGCUCCCAGCACAAAUGUAUUUGCGAAUGCCGGGUACCCCUACCCUGUUUAUAGUUUCCCUGCAUUUGUUACUAUUCGACCAGAUGCUGCAGCUGCUCAACAUUUUGGUAACUUUGGCCUCACAUUUGGUGAAUCAACAACGCCAUCAUUUCCUGCAUCAACGAUGCUACCAUUUGGUACACCAGCAUUGGGUGCAUCAAUAACACCAGCAUUUGGUGCAUCAACAAUGUCAGCAUUUCCUGCAUCAACAAUGCUAGCAUUUGGUGCUUCAACAACACCAGCAUUUGGUGUAUCAACAACGGCAACAUUUGGUGCAACCACAACACCAGCAUUUGGUGCAUCAACAACGCCAUUUGGUGCGUCAAUAAGGCCAGCCUUUGGUGCAUCAACAACGCCAUUUGGUUUAUCAACAGCACCAGCAUUUGGUGUAUCAACAGCACCAUCAUUUCCUGCAUCAACAACACCAGCAUUUGGUUCAUCAACAACACCAGCAUUUGGUGCAUCAACAACACCAGUAUCUGGUUUUGCUCCAUCUGUUUUUCCUCCAUCAACAUCAGCAUUUGGUGCACCAACACUGCCAACAUUUGGUGCAUCAACUCUGCCAGCAUCUGAGUUUUAAGUUGAGUCUUUAGUUUUUCAAGACUCGAUCUAAGAUUUUGUUAAGACUAACCACUUCAAUGUUACAAACUGAAUGCCCAAUCUUAAGACUAGAUGGGGAUGGGGCAUAUGUCAUGUCAGCAAAAAUUUCAAAUCUUAAGGUGAUGUUUGGUUGCACUUGAGAAGUUAUAUUUCCCUUGUAUUUGCAA